ACAAGUGGACGUGCCUUUGUGUUUCUCCGUCUUUACUGCAGUCAGUUUGUUACAAGAAAUUCGGAAAUUUUGCAGCUGAUAUUAAGAUCACGUCGGCUCAAACAUGGGCUGUCCACAGUCCAAGAAGAGAAAGCGCCGUGCUCAACGAUCCAACAAGGAGCAACAGAAACUUUCUAGGAGUGCUUUGAAGAAGCAAAUCAAGGCUAAGGCCAAGCUGGAAAAGGCCCUGGCUGAGACCAAGGCUAAGGGAGAUGCUGAGCUGAGAGCUGCGGCUCUGGCCGUAGCUGGACUUGGAGGGGUCCAGCUGCCUGCCAUUACCAGCGAGCAAAUCCCUGAGCAAACCCCUGAGCAAACCCCUGAGCAAUCCCGUACCACCACCACCACCAACGAGCAAACCCUGACCAAUGAGCAUACUUCUAUUAAGGAAAUCCAGAAGGAAGAGAAGGAGAUGAAGUCAGUCUCAGGAUUGAUGACUACUGAUGCUUCUGUCGCAGCUGCCAUCACUGAUGCAGUUGCCGAGGUGAUCGGUGACGAUGCUGUGAGCAAGAGUGAGGACCUGAAGGCCAUCCUGGGGAUCAACCAGUCUACUCUGGCCUCUGAGCGUCCUAACAGCUCCACAUCCGUUGAGCCUAGACUGAUCAUUGUCGGUGAAGCCGACAUCUGUGUGGACACCACCAAGGAUGAACCAGCAACUUCUACCCCCCAAAUUAAGGCACCAAUCGUUGUCAUCCCUGAGGUUGACAAUGAAGCUAGCAUGGGCCGGACAAACGUGGAGAAAGAUCUGGGCACCAAGGAUGGGGAGGACAAGGACGAGCAUGACCAGGAAGAUGACAAGGAGGGUGACAAGGACGAGCAUGACCAGGAAGAUGACAAGGAGGGUGACAAGGACGAGCAUGACAAAGACAGUGAUGAGGGGAAGGAUGACAAGACUGUUGAUGAGGACUCUUCCAGCCUGGAACUGGAGGCUGCUAACUUGGUGAAGGCAGUCUUUGCCGGUCUGGACAAAGAUGAAGAAAAAGCACCUCAGUCGGAAGUGCUUAACACAGCAGCUGAUGAUGAGAUUAGCGCUGCAGAGCAGGCAGCCAUCUUGGAGCAGGAGGCUGCUUAUCUUGUUGAUGCUGUCUUCGCCAGCUUGGAGGGAGAAGACAGUGACGAAGAUGACACCUCUACAACAGUUACUGUCAUGUCUGUGGGCAUGUCAGCAGAGGCACCUUCCAAUCUGGUUGAAGAGGCAGCAAAAGUUGUGAGUUCUGUCCUGGCCCAAGUCACAGCAGACUUCCAGUCUGAGGGACGGACUACUGCUCCAAUCAUCGAGACAGCUGACAUGCAGAUGACAAGCAGCCUGGACAUAGAGGCUGCUAAACUUGUGGAUGCCUGUCUUGCAAGUAUCACACAGGAGGACCUGCAAACUGCUUCUACCACCACAGCAGUUCAGAUGUCUUGCGAUGAAACAAAGGAGGAAGAGGAACAACACAGCUUGGAUCGGCAGGCUGCUGAUAUGGUUGAUAUUUUGCUCGCCACCAUCGCUACUGAGCAAAUGGCCUCAAAUCCCACUGAUGCGAUUUCCAGCACUGCAUCAGUUGACCCAGCCAAGCUGACAAACAUCAUAUUGAAUGGGCUGAAGAAUUCAAGCGUUAACCUUGCACGCCAAACCUCUGAGAUGUCCACUCAGACUUGUGAAAUGGCCAUUCAAACUGACAAUAUUGAAAAUGAACAAGACAAGCCAUCAAAGAAACCAUCAGCUGUGUCCAAGAUAAAAACAGCCAUCAAGUCUGCAUCCCAGAAAAGUCGAACGGCCCUUCUUGGGAAAAAGGACAAACUGGACAAGGUCAAGAAAGCCAGUGGGAAAGAGAAGGAAAAGGACACACAGGCCUCCAGCAAAAGCAAGACCAAGUUGGCUGAUAGCAGGAAGCCCACCAAGGAUACGAAUAAGUCAAAAAGUGAUCACAAGAAACAGGACAAACAGGACAAGGACAAGAAGGCCAGUGGAAAAGACAAAGAUGCAAAGUCAAAAAAUCAAGUGUCCGGCACAAACAAGACCAAGAAGCCUGCCAAAGAAACAAAAAAUUCAAGGAGUAAUCACAAGAAGUCUCCCACUGCUAGCAAGAAGAAACCUGCUAUAGAGCCAAAAGCCCGCAAUGCAUCAAGCAGGAUGUUGAAACUCAAAGAGUCAGCAAAGGGUGCUGAUAGUAAGGAGUGUGCCAAUGCAAAGACAAGGAAGACCAAAUUAAACAGCACCUCUACCGGUUCCAAAGCUGUCGGCAGCAAGAGCAAACAGACUGCCACGAAAAAAUCUCAGGCAUCAAAAAUUCCCCAAAUGUCUUCUACUUCUGCAACAAACAGCAACAACAGGAACAAAGCAAACCCUGCUGAAAAGUUGAAGGCAUCAAAGAGCUCUUCCCUCCCUCACAAAGGUGGCCAACAGAAACCAAACACCUCUGUCAGUGCCGCCAUAACAAGCCAUCUUCAGGGGAGCAGCCACUCCAACAGUCAGCCUGCUGAGAAGCAAGACCCAGAUCUAGAUCCUUCAAGUGUUACCAAUCAUCCAACAAAAUCAUGUGACAACUCCACAAUAGAAUCCAAGUCAUUGGGCAAACUGAAGCCAGGACAUGUCAGAUUCCAAGAACCCCAGUCUGUAACCUCUUCCCCAUCCAUCCAUGGCAAAGAACAGAAGUCCACUACUGUGGAAAGCAAGGAUGCAAACAUUGCUCUCACAUCUGCUGAUAGUUUGGACCCUUCCAAGCUGAGUACUAAGCGGCAGAAACGUUCAGGAAAAGAUAAUGUCUCCAUCAAAAGUGAGGGUGCACCCCGCAGAGUCAACUCUGCCCGCCAGGCCCGUAGUCAAAAGACAUCCUUAGCCAUGCUUGCUGAGGCAAGACCAAGUACAGUGGUCGCAAAUCAGAUGGAAUCUACCACCAUCACAGAUCAGUUAUCCUUUCCAGGAUCAGAUGAAAGUGCCAUGGGUGACAACUUCGAGGUGACCAGAGAAAUCAGCGUCACACACCAACUAUCACUGGAAAACCAACCUUUGGAUGAACUCCAGCAACAUCCUACUGCUGUGAACAGCAGCAAUCAAGAACAGCAGCUUUGGGACCAACUGCGAGUUCUGCCAUUGGGACAUCUUUCUCCUGAACACGUACCAACUGAUCAACAUACAGUUUCUUCACCUGACAGAGCACUGGAUGGCAACCUAUCUUCCAUUAUGCAAACAAGAACCAUCCAGUCCUCCACUGAUAACAUAACUCCUGUCUUGAGUGCACACUUGCUAGCAGCAUCAACAUCUUCCAGUAGCUUUCUGGAUCACUUGGACAACCAGAGCACAAGGUCUUUUUCCAGUGAGUCUCAGUGCACUCGAAAAAGUCCAAGCAGGAAAAACACUCAAACAAGGAUUCCCAAGAUAGGGAGCACCAAGGUACAUGUACCUGAUGACCUAAACCAACAAGACAGAGGUCAUCCUCAACGACCUUUUGGCAAAGGCUCUUCGACGAUUACUACACACCAAGCAAAAAGUGAUGUUCCUGCAGCAGAUGACAAGUUCAGGCCCACCUCCCAAUUGAAGACUUCAAGCAGUUCUCACGAAAGAGCCUCACUGACCCCAAGAGGGAAGAAGACACCGAGUCUGAUGCUGCAAGCUUCCAACAGUUCAUCAACAGAUCUCUCAUAUGUGGCCAAUGGUGUUCAACUUCAGAUACCGCUUGGCAAAGGCUCUCCCACCCACAGGACAACAGACCGAGCAAACAGUGAUCUCCUGAUCAGAGCAGACACAGAGCGUGUGUACAGAACAACCUCUCAGGUUAGGAUGUCAAGCAGUCCCCAAGGGAGAGCCUCACUGAUUCCAAGAGGGAAGAAGACACCAAGUCAAGUGCCACCAGGCCUCAACAGCCCAUCGAGUGAUCUCUUGUCUGCAUCAGAAGCAGGUGGCUCCGUGCAAGGUUCCAGGAGUCCCUGUGGCGGUGUUUCUGAGAGUGCUGGAAGAGACUCAAAGAUUCUCCCCACCCAGAGGACACCAAGUCCAUUGUCACCAACAUCAAACAAACCAUCACAAGAUCUCCUGAAUUCAUCGCAGAUGGGGCACCGUGUUCCAGAUUCUAGAAGUCUAAGUGGCAGAAGCACUCAGGAAGAGCCUCAAGGAUUCCAACUCAAACAAGGGUGGUUUCCAAUAACCCAUCCCGUGAUCUCCUGAACAGUCCAGAUCACCUUAUCAGAGACGCAACAACUGCUCUUGAAAAGCAGCAACGCAUGAAGAGCAGAUCCACCACUCCUUCCGCCACACCUGGCCAUCUUACACCUGUUGGUGGCGGUGGAGAGUCUCCGCGCCAGGAGACUGCUGAGGUGCAGCUUGGCUGCACCCAGCGCCAAGAUUAAAUCCCUCUUUUACAAUGUGCAGUUCCUCUCAAAAUAAUGUUUAGUUGAAGUCACAUCCGUAAUGGGAGACUUUUGAGAUGCUGGUGUGAGCAGACAUACUGGUCCUUUGUCAUUGUUAUCACCAUUGUUAACACAUUCUGAACCACACAUACAUACCAAGAACAUCUGGCAUCUGCUCAGAACUAGUAAAAUGGGCUUGUAUGUCUGCCUCAACCAACAUCUCAAAAAUCUCCCAUUACAGACGGCAAUUCUGUAAAAAGCAAAAUCAACUUAGAGCUGCACUACCAUCUGUCAUAUAUAAUGAUAUAUUUUCUUUGUCAGUCAGAUGCUCCACUUCUAUUUGGUAUUACUUCUGUUCUAGUUAAAAACAAUGGACCUUAAUUACGGAUGUGACAAAAAAUAUGGAUCCAGGAUGGGCUAAUGGGUACACAUCAUCUUCAAUAAAACAUUUUCCAUCCUGUAAAAUAAUUUUCUAAUUCAGGGUUUUUUCAACAAUUUCCAAUAUCCGAAAGUAAUUGUACCUUUAAAAAGGCCCAACUGGUAAAAAAAUAAUGGAUCCGCACUAAACAUUAUUUUGAGAGGAACUGCACACACUGAGUAUGUGUGUGCUUGUUUGGUUAGAAAUUGCAACUUCCUGAAUUGCCUUGUUAAAAUUCUGAUGUGUUCCACCUUACCAGGAUUUUCUCAAGAUCUAACCCUUGCAAUUAUGACACCUACAAUCAAACAUGCACUCACAUACAAAUUAAGGUUGUUUAUAAUGAAUGGAAACAGCAACACAAUUACAUCAUAAUUCAACUGCGACUCCACCUGCAGUUGCAUAUUUACUUUAACACCAUCAGACCUUUUUGCUUGCUGUUUACUUCUCAAUGUCCAUUUCCGACUUCCAUCCUUCUUUCAACUGUAACAACACCAACAGUUACAUGAGCAUUAACAUCAACUAAAUUUCAGUCUUUACAACUGCAAUUCCACCAGCAGUUUACUAGCUGUGAUACCAUCAACAGCUCCUGUGCUGUUAAUGCAGAUGUCCUUCCAUUUGAAACUGUAAAUGACAUCAACAGUUUCUCACAAACAGCGA